AUGUCGCUAGAGAUCCUAAGAACUCAAUCAAAUGCUUCACAUGUGGAGGCAUUGGGCAUUAUGUUGACUGACUGUGCAAAUAAUCAGAAAAGAUACUCCAAAGGAAAGGACAAAGCUAUGAAAGUAAGCUGGAGCGAGAGUGAUGUGUCACAAGAGGACACAUCCUCAUAUGAAGAAUAUAAUGACCAAUAG